AAUCCUCUGCCCUUCUCGAGUUUUUCUAUAGCCGUUCCGCUCGAACUCGCCUCUGUGAAGGGGAAGGAGGAAGAGACAGACGACGACUCCGCCGAGAUCUGCCGACCUCAGAUCCAGCUAGAUCCGGCUAGAUCCAGCCUCUUCGACCAUUUGGAUUUGUUUCUACACGAUUCUUCACUCCGGAUCUCGUUCCUGAAUUCCUGGUUCAGAAUGUUGCGGGAUCUGAGGAUUUUUCGCCGGCACUCAAACGCUGGGAAGGCGCACACCUCGGAGAGCAACGAUGAGAACCUUGCUGCAGAUCCCUCACACCCGCCGGAUUCUCAGCCUGAAUCCGACCCAGGUCGGGCGCCUCUUUUGACGAUACAGGACCAAAACCCUAGUACGGGGGUGGAUCAAGGAACGAUUUUGAGAAGGAAGCUGGAGACGACUCCCUCGAAGAGCCAGGCGAAUGGUCCAGACUCGUCUCACUUGCAGUUCCGCACGCCUGAAAAAAUGACGGGUCGGCGCAGGUUCAGUUUGGCGACGAAGGGGGAAUUGGGAGCGAGUGGAGCGGAGUGUGGCGACGAUCUGAGCUGUCAUGGGCCUAACAGCCACCUUCCGCCGUUAUGCCGUGGUCCAGGUGGUGGAUACGGGUUGAAUACACCUCGGGCAUGUAGGACAACUGGGAGGGCGUCGUCAGUGCAUUCAGAUUGCAGUUCCACUCAAAGUACCCCAACGAAGAGUGUCUCGAAGCCUGCCAACUCUGGUUUCAGCAACACUCGUCCUCCACUUAGUGUGGGGAGUAGGACAAUUAGUAUGGCUUCAAAAGUGGCACCAUUGUUGGUCACCACGCCGUCUGUAGUGAAUUCACUCGAAGUUCCUCACUUUGAGCUGAAGGAGGAUCCAUCGUUCUGGAUGGAUCAUAAUGUUCAGGUUGUCAUUCGUGUUCGUCCACUUAAUACUACAGAGAAAAACCUCCAAGGUUUCCGUAGAUGCUUGAAGCAAGAAAGUGCACAUAACAUCACUUGGAUAGGACAACCAGAAACUCGAUUUACAUUCGACUAUGUAGCCUGUGAAACAAUCAAUCAGGAGAUGCUUUUUCGAGUUGCUGGUUUGCCAAUGGUUGAGAAUUGCAUGUCUGGAUAUAAUAGUUGUGUGUUCGCAUAUGGACAGACAGGAAGUGGAAAAACAUAUACGAUGCUCGGAGAGUUUGGUGAACUAGAAGUGAAACCUAGUCUGAAUCGUGGAAUGACUCCAAGGAUAUUUGAAUUUCUGUUUGCAAGAAUCAAAGCGGAGGAAGAAAGCAGGAGAGAUGAAAACAUAAAGUACAGUUGCAAGUGUUCUUUCCUUGAAAUUUACAAUGAACAAAUUACUGAUCUUCUAGAUCCUUCCUGCAGCAAUCUACUUCUGCGGGAAGAUAUUAGGAAAGGUGUUUAUGUAGAAAACCUUUCUGAGUAUGUAGUGGAGAAUGUCCAUGACAUUCUGAAGCUUCUCAUACAGGGUGCUGCAAACAGGAAAGUGGCAGCGACAAAUAUGAACCGUGAGAGCAGUCGUUCACACAGUGUUUUUACUUGUAUAAUUGAGAGUAGAUGGGAAAAAGAUUCGACCAUGAACUUACGAUUUGCAAGACUAAAUCUUGUUGAUCUAGCUGGUUCUGAAAGACAGAAAACCUCAGGGGCUGAAGGUGAACGCCUGAAGGAAGCUGUGAAUAUUAAUAAAUCCUUAUCAACACUAGGUCAUGUGAUAAUGGUUUUAGCUGAUGUGGCUCAUGGGAAGCAGAGACAUGUUCCUUACAGGGAUUCAAGGCUUACGUUUCUCCUCCAAGAUUCUCUAGGUGGCAAUUCUAAAACCAUGAUAAUUGCAAAUGUCAGCCCUUCCAUAUGCUCCGCUAAUGAGACUCUAAGUACCCUUAAAUUUGCCCAGCGAUCAAGACUCAUUCAGAACAAUGCUGUUGUAAAUGAAGAUGCUUCAGGAGAUGUAAUUGCAUUGAGGCAACAAAUACGCUUGUUAAAGGAGGAACUAGCGGUUCUUAAACGUCAAAAUGUCUCAAGAUCUUUAUCAUUUAGAACAGCAAUUUUUGAAGAUUGUAAGAGUGAAACUGCUGAUGAUAUUUCUGUGGAGAGGUUCCCAAUAAUGACUGAAGCAAAUGUUGAUGAGUUGCAGACUGAUGACAAUUUGAACAGCAUAAAAGUUUCAAUGAAGCAGUUGAAGUCACUGGAAGCUAUUCUAGCUGGUGCACUUCGAAGAGAGAAAAUGGCCGACACAACAAUCAAGCAACUCGAAGCUGAAAUUGAACAGUUAAACCGUCUGGUUCGACAAAGAGAGGAGGAUACUCAAAGUACUAAAAUGAUGCUGAAAUUUCGGGAGGACAAGAUCCGACGAAUGGAAAGUAUUUUGGAAGGCCAAAUGCCAAUUGAUUCAUAUUUAUUGGAGGAAAAGGCUGCUCUUUCAGAGGAGAUGCAAUUACUUCGUGCAAAAGUUGAUAGGAAUCCUGAAGUGACUCGCUUUGCUUUGGAAAACAUCAGGCUCUUAGAUCAACUGCGAAGGUACCAGGACUUUUGCGAAGGAGAGAGAGAAUUUUUAUUGACUGACAUAACAGAGUUGCGCAAUAAGCUUAUUCAAGUCUUUGAUGGAAAAUCUGAGCUUGAUCAACUUUUGAAGUCUGACAUGGUAGGCCAGGCUGGAAAUUCCUUAUUUGCUUGUUCAUCCCGAGAUAGUGAAUCAUUGUUUGCACAAUUAAACAAGACCAAUCAAGAGUUAGAAAGUUGCAAGAGUGAGCUCCAGUCUUGCUUAGAAACAAAUGAAAGGCUCACUAGAGAGAUAAACAAUCUUCAUGCUGAACUAAAUGAUACUAUGUCUGCCAAUCAUGUUCAGCAUGCCAGCCUCGAGCAUCAAAACAGUGGAAAGUUAGAAUCAUAUCAAAUAGAACACCAAUUCUACCAAUCGAAGGCAGAAUGCUCACAUGAUAUAGCUAAGCAAGUUGAGGAAAUUUUGAAUUUGCAGCUGGAGUUGGAUAUAGUCAAAACAAUCCUAGCAGAGGAGAGAUCAUCUCGUACACUGGUGGAGGAAAGAGCUGAUCAUUCUAAUAAUGAGUUUAAAUCGGCUAAAGAAAGGGUAUUAUAUAUGACUAAGCAGUACGAUGAUAUAAAGAAUGAACUAAAAGAUGCAAGAUCCAUAAUUGAAGCAAUUGAAUCAGAACAAAUAUUGCUAAUAAAUGACCUUGAAGGGACAAGGGACAAGUGCGACCAGCAAGAAGAACUUUUAAAGAAGCAAGAUGAGGAGAUAUCCUUAUUGAGAAACCAGCUUUCUUUCCAUUCCAAUGAGAUAACACAGCUGUCAUUAGUUCAAGGGGAGCAGAAAGACGUUCCUCUUCAAAGUCAUGAUAUUGAGGAUUCGCCAUUGCAAAUUAAACUGAGAAAAAUGCAAGUUUCUCUAGAAAAGGCAAGAGAUCUGAACAUUAGGUUAAGUGAUCAGGUAUCUCAAAUUUCUCUCGAACAAGAAAUGGAGGAAGUCCGGAGACAGGUUGAGAUAGAGACUGCUGAGGUGAUUGUAUGCUUGCAGGAAGAACUUGUAGCACUUCAGAAACAAGCAGAUGAUAGCAAAAAGAAUGAGGCCAUUUGUAAGCAGAACCUGAUUGCUUUAGAAGCUGAACUGAAAGAGCAUCAGGUAAGACUGUGUCUGGUAAAUGAGGAGAAUGGAAAGCUUCAUGAAGUGGUUGAUGAAAAAGAGAGGGAGCUAAGGUCCUUGGCUGAUAAUUGGAAAGCCUUAGCAUCUGAAAUUAUGAAUAUUCUUGCUGAUGGAAAUAAUUCUCUUGACAAAGCAACUGAUCAGAUGGCUUCCAUUUCUGAUUCCUUUCCACAAAGGAAUUGGAUAGGUGAGCAAGUUGGGAGGAUAAUUAGGAGCAUUUCUGAUAGAGAUCUGCUUAUAGAAGAACUUCAGAAAAGCUUGGAGGCGGCACAGGGCAUAAGGGGUGACAUGGAACAGAAGUUGAGCUCUUUAAAGGGAGCAACACUUGCAAUAACUGAGGCUCAACUGCAGGAAAGUAAUGACAAAGAAAGAGAGAUAGUUCGACUUUCCUCAGAUAUAGAAGAGAAGGAAUCUACUCUUACAGAAUUAAAGAAGAAGAUUGAAGCUAAUGAAGAACAAAUUAAGAAAUCUGAGCUUUGUGCCACUGUUGCAUUCAUGACUGUCGGCAAGUUGUCCGAGAUGAAUGAAGUCCAUCUUCGUGAGAUUGCACAAGUGAAACUCCUGCUUGAGGCUCAGCUGCAGGAAAGUCAUGACAAAGAAAGAGAGAUAGUUCGACUGUCCUCAGAUAUAGCAGAGAAGGAAUCUAUUCUUUCAGAAUUCGAGAAGAAGAUUGAAGCUAAUGAAGAACAAAUUAAGAAAUCUGAGCUAUGUGCCACUGCUGCAUUCAUGACUGUGGGCAAGUUGUCCGAGAUGAAUGAAGUCCAUCUUCGUGAGAUUGCACAUGUGAAACUCCUGCUUGAGGCUCAACUGCAGGAAAGUCAUGACAAAGAAAGAGAGAUAGUUCGACUGUCCUCAGAUAUAGCAGAGAAGGAAUCUAUUCUUUCAGAAUUCGAGAAGAAGAUUGAAGAUAAUGAAGAACAAAUUAAGAAAUCUGAGCUAUGUGCCACUGCUGCAUUCAUGACUGUGGGCAAGUUGUCCGAGAUGAAUGAAGUCCAUCUUCGUGAGAUUGCACAUGUGAAACUCCUGAUUGAUGAAUCGAAAGAAGUAAUUUCAGAGAAAGAGAGUGUAUUACACCAUCAAAUUAUUUUGAAUGUCAAUGCGGAGAAAGAAAUACAGGCUCUUAGCAUGAAAUUGAAGCAGAAUGAAGAUAUCAUUGCCGAACUAAAACAACUUUUCAAGGACCAGGAAAGAGCCCGGGAAUUGGAGAAAAUGGAAAGGAAAGAGGAUGAUAAGCUUUCAAAAGUUACAAGAUGUAUAAAUGAGUUCAAAUCUAGACUGAAUGCUAUUAAAUCUUGUAUGAAUGAUGUGUCAGAACCAGUUACUGGCCGUGCUGAAGUACAGAGUGUUGGAAGAUGUACUAAAGGUGAAAGCCACAUUUCAGUGGACCAAAUGAAGGAUAACAUGAUCCCUGAUUCUGAGAAGCAUGAGCUGCAAAUUGUUAGAGGCCUAUUAAAUGUUGGCUCUGACAAAUUACUGAGCAAUACUGAGUGCGAGUCUUCUUGUGGAUAUAUGUCAGAAAACUCCUUUGAAAAACAAUCCAUGAUGGAGGAAAUGCAGACUGCAGUUAGAAACCUACAGGAUGUACAGACUCAGAUGGUUCAAGUAGUGGAGGAAAAUAAACAACUUAAGAAGUCUAAGAAGUUAAGUCAAACAUUUAUUGCAAAACUUAGAGAUGAUGUUCUUCAACUGAAAUUUGAGAUGGUCGAAAAAGAAGAAGUUUUCAAACUUGGAUUGCAGCAGUUGGAAAAUAAGCUUCAGUCCAUGGAAAACAAUACUACGGAAAAUAGUACCUACUGGCAGAAGACCAAAGAGGCGCUCGAGAUUGAAGUGAAUGAUACAAAGGCUAUGGCAGCACAGAAAUCAAUUGAGGCUAUUCAUCUUCUAGCUAAGGUUGAGGAGGCUCAAGCAACAAUGCAAGAGGCUGAUAUCAUGGUCAACAUGCUGCUGCAAGCAAAUGAAACAGCAAAACUUGAUAUAGAGCAACUCCAGGACACCAAAACCACAUUAUGCUAUGAAAAAGAAUGUUUGGUUGAUGAGAUGCAAUGUUUAAAACUUUCUUUAGAAAUGAAGGAGAAAGAAUAUAAAUCCUUGGAGAAGAAUUUCAAAUCAACACUCAUACACACAAAGGAUUUAGUUCUGGAUCUAGAAGAUGUUUACAGGAAUACACAGGAGGCUUUUACUGAUAAUUUUGAGUCUCUAGCACAAGAGCUUGAAUUAAUAAAAUCCCAUGUUCAAGAAUACAAAGAGUCGACCAGAAGUUGUUUGGAAGAGACUUGGUGUGAGAUAAUCCGGAAGGAUUGUGCUCUAUCUGUGUUGCAUCUUUGUCACAUGGGAAUCUUGAUAGAGAGAAUAACUGGGCUCGACAUGGAGAAUAGAUUGCUUCAACAUGGGCUUUGUAGGUCUAAUAUUGUAAUUGCUGAUCUGAGCGAACGCAAUGUUAAAUCCAAAAAAGAACUUGAAAUGUGUAGCAUUCUUAAGGGUAAGUUGCUAGUUGACAUCAAUAAUGGUUUCAACCGCAUUGCAAGAAAGGAAGCUGAAACAAAUGAAUUCAAUGAGAGGCUGAAUAUAUUUGAAAAUAAAAUUUUGAAAUUGCAAUUGCAAGAAGCAUCAAUGUUGGCUAGAUCAAACUCCAUUGUUUCUGAACUUAGUGUCUUGAUGAAAGAUUUGGAUGACAAAAACAGGAUUGGACUAACAGUAUUGUCAAGCCAGGAGAAACUUUUGGCGGAAAAAGAAAAGGAACUUGAAGCUAAAACACAACUAUUGAGUGAAGUGCAGAUGGUGAAUGGAAUGCUUAUUAGUUCCUUUAGGCAAGAGUUAGAUCUACUUCAUGAUGAACCCAAAAUUCAGAUGGAACCAGAUGUUUCUAUCAUUGGCAAUAAGAGAUGCUGCAAAGAUUCUGAACUCAUAGAAAACUUGACGAAUCACAGAACUGAGUUGAUUAUCACUGAUUCAUUUGCAAAUGAAAUUGAAUUACUUGUUCUUUUUUCAGAGCUGGAGCUGAAUAUGCUUGGUAAUAACCAAAUGGCUUCACGCAUAGCUGAGUUAGAAAGAGAGAUAUGCAUUUCCAAUUCCAUGAUUGAAAACAUUAAGUUAGAACUAAUCUUAAGCAAAGUCAAUGGUGAAUUACACUGCAAGGAGAUGCAUUUCUUGUACAAUGAAAAUGAAAAAAUGAAGAUUGAACUACUGGAGCUGCAGGAAGAUCAUUUGAAAAUCACCAAAGAGUUGCAGGACAAAGUUUACUCACUGGAAGCUUUUACAACAUAUCUAGAAUCAGAUCUAAGCAGGAAAACAGUGGAACUACGGGAUUUAGUAAAUGCUCAUACUGUUAUAUCUAAGGAACUUGGUACAAAAACUGAAUUUUUUAACAUUCAGAGCGAGGAAACAAAGUCCUUAAAGUCUGAGAAUGACUGGUUGAAAAACAAACUACUUUCAGUGCAGACUGAGAAUACUGGAACUUUUUAUAUGCUUGGCCACAGGAUUAGGCAUGGCUCUGAGUUAGCUCAAUACAUAGAUCUCACUGUGAGUAGAUUAUUCCAUGAAAUUGAUGGUAUGUUCCUUUUAAUGAUGGAGAGGAUGCAUCGGGAUAAUUUUGAGCAUAGCACAAUGGCAAAAAAGUUCAUUGAUGAAAUAGAUAUUUUAGGGAUAGCUAUGAAAACCUUGGUUUCUGAGAAUUCUCAAUUUCAGUCAGAGUUGAUGCAUAAAGAUGAAAUUAUAAAAGGCAUUCUGUUUGAUUUGAGUUUAUUACAGGAGCAUGCAUCUAUUGAGAAGGAUCAAGAGGAUGAACUCAAGGAGAUGGCUACAACAAUAGAGUCUUUAGAGGAUGAACUUAAAUCGAGAUCACAUGAACUGGAUGAAGCUGUUUGUCAGUGGAAGAGGCUAGAGGCUAAACUGUUAGAGAAAAAUGAUUUAAUAUCAUCUCUUGAAUGUCAACUUGCAGAAAAGAAUGAGAUGUUAACCAUAAUAUAUGCUGAGAAUUAUGAGCUGAAAUCUCACAUGCAGCAAGUUUCUAAUAUGAAGUCCUCCCUGGAGGAAGAUAUAAAAGGGAAGGGAGUAGUUAUUGAAAGGCUGGAAGAAGACAUACUUGAUUUGAGCACGGCAAUUGGUGAAAGGAACAAUAUAAUUGAAGAUUUGCAGAAUGAAAUAAGCAAGCAUAAAGAAGAAAAGGAUCAACUUGAUUCCGAGGUGCUUGCCUUGAAAGAAAAGAUGGAAAUGUUACAAGCUCAAGCUGAAGAAAAUGAAGCUAUUGCAACGGAAGCUCGCCAGAUAGCAAAAGCAAGAACAGCGUAUGCUGAAGAAAAGGAAGAAGAGGUCAAGCUAUUGGAACAGUCUAUUGAGGAGCUAGAGUGCACAGUGUAUGCAUUAGAAAACCAGGCUGAUAUUGUUAAAGAGGAAGCAGAAAAACAGCGAUUGCAGAGAGAAGAAAUUGAACUUGAACUUCAUUCGGUGCGGGAUCACGUUGUGCAGCAGAAUGUACAAGUUCUUCAGAAAGAAAUUGUAAAAAGAGAUGCAGAGAUUGUCCAAUUCAAAGCUCACAUAUCUGAGCUGAAUAUGCAUGCAGAGGCACAGGCAAGAGAGUACAAACAAAAGUUUAGGGAAUUGGAGGCUAUGGCCCAACAAGUCAAUGGAGACCCAACAUCCUCCAAUGCUGCAAGUUCAUCCACAAUGAAAUCAGAGAAAAGUUCAGCAAAGCCUAGAGGAUCAAGUUCCCCAUUUAAAUGCAUUGGCUUGGGAUUAGUACAACAAAUAAACUCUGAGAAAGAUGAGGACUUAACUGCUGCAAGGCACAAGAUUGAGGAACUUGAAUCAUUAGCUGCAAGCCGACAAAAGGAGAUCUUCAUGCUGAAUACAAGACUAGCACAAGCAGAGAGUAUGACACAUGAUGUUAUCAGGGAUCUCAUAGGUGUCAAGUUAGACAUGACGUCCUUGUUAGAUGAACCUGAAACACCUAAGAUGAAAGAAACAUCUCAAACUCAAAGCACUCGAUCUGGGCUAAAGGAAGACGACAUCAGCAAGCUCAAGAAGGAGCUCAAUGAGUUUAUUGAAGAAAGGCAAAGUUGGUUGCAUGAGAUUAAACAAAAACACAGUGAAAUGGCAAAUGCACGAAUGAUGGCGGAAAAGCUUCGACAGCGGGAACAGUUCCUUAACACUGAAAAUGAAAUGCUAAAGGUUGAAAAUACAAAAUACAAGAAGAUGAUCAUGGAACUUGAGGAUGAAGUCAAGAAGUUUUCAAAUCAUCAAAAUUUCCAGCACCGCAUCCAUCACCAUGCUAAAAUUAAGGAAGAGAACACCAUGUUAAAGAUAGAAAAUGAAGAUAUGACCCUUAGAUUGAAGAGAUCUGAGCAAAUUCUUUCACGAGUGAAGGAAGAGCUUGCUCGCUACCGAUCAUCUAGUGGAAAGGGUCCUUACAUUGACUUUGAUGAAGAAGAGCAACUGAGGAAGGAACUAGAGGAAAGUGAAAGCGAAAGGAUACAGUUAGCCCAGAAGUUGUUGAGCUUGUGUACCUCUAUUUUGAAGGCUGCUGGUUUAAGUGAGCCAACAAACAAUUCAAACCACCCCUCAGCUGCAGAGGAAGGUUUAUGUCGACUAAAGAACCAUAUCAAUUCAUUGGAAAAUGAAUUGGAAGAUUUCAAACUAAAGUGCAAACUACUCGAUGAGAAGAUCCGGCUCUGCCAUCUUCUGCAACAAAUUUCUCCACAGCACUUGAAGACCCAUGAGAACUACCUAUCUUCAAGCACAUCACGAUCUCCCAGUGUGUCCUCAUAACGACAUAAAUGGUAUGCUACAAGGCACAAACAACUUGAAAUUCGAGGCACAUUAUGAAAUUUCAGUAAUUAUAGGAUGAAAUUUUCCUGGAAGAUCAUAUGGAAAAAAAAAAGUAAGCCUGCUUGAAUGAAUUAAAAUAGAAAUGGUGUCAUCACUUGUUAGCAGUUUGCUGACUGAGGAUACUCCCUGCUGAGCUUAGGACCAGUAGUCAAGUUGGCUCCAAUAUUGAAAUAGCUUAGAUUAAGUAGUCAAGUUGGCCUUCUUGAUUCUUGUGGAAUUAUAAUUAUUCUUUUAUACCGUAAAUAAUAUGAAGAAAAAAUGAAGUUCUUUUA